UCCAAUUAUCUGUUCCAAGUUGUCAGCUCUCCGGUUGUCUAUGUCGGCCCCCUUUGCCACUUAAUCGUUUACACCUACAAAAAGCACUUCUCUCCCUCUCUCUCAGACAAAUACAUUCUCUCUCUCUUUCACAGAGUUGUUUUGCAGAUGAAGGGGAAGCCGGUGCCAAGUGGAGUUGGUCUGAUGAAGUACGGCGCAAGCUUCUACGCCGUCGUGAUUAUAGCAAUUGCCAUCGCCGCCCCGCAGAUUCUUCCGGCGGCCCGAGCGCAGCCGCCCGCCGCCAACAACAACGCCACUGUUGAUCCCGCUGAAGCUAGGAUUCUGAACUCUAUAUUCCAACAAUGGGGGAUUCGGGCGAACAAUAUGUGGAACUUGAGUGGAGAAUUGUGCUCUGGCGCCGCCGUCGAUUCUACCGGCAUGCAAGAGCAGUCUUUCAAUCCGGCAAUCAAAUGCGAUUGCUCUUCCACCCCCUGCCACAUCACUGCCCUGAAAGUUUACGCUUUAGAUGUUGUCGGUGCGAUUCCGGAUGACCUUUGGAAGCUAAAUUCCAUCAAUGAUCUAAAUCUGGGCCAAAAUUACCUGACAGGCACACUAUCCGCUUCCAUUGCAAAUAUGAGUGGUAUGCAAUACCUAAGCUUAGGCAUUAAUGCAUUGUCGGGGAAGCUUCCGGAGGAACUUGGAUUGCUGACUGACAUGAGAUCCUUUUCAAUUGGCACAAAUAACUUCUCUGGACCUUUGCCUUCGGGGCUUGGAAAUUGGAAAAGCCUUACACAAAUCUAUAUAGAUAGCUCUGGUGUUAGUGGUGCUAUACCUCCAACAUUUGCAAAUCUUCUGAACCUAGACACAGUGUGGGCUUCAAACACUGAGCUUACAGGGAGGAUACCUGAUUUCAUUGGGAACUGGUCAAAGCUUACUACCUUGAGGUUUGAAGGAAAUUCAUUUCAGGGCCCAAUUCCAUCUACACUUUCAAAUUUGACCUCAAUGGUUGACUUGAGGAUAAGUGAUCUUUUGAAUGGGAGCUCUUCACUGGACUUCAUUAGAAAUAUGAAGAAUUUAAGCAAACUAGUUUUGCGGAAUAACAAUAUUUCUGGUUCCAUCCCCUCUAAUAUUGGAGAAUAUCAGAGCUUGUCACUGCUGGAUUUGAGCUUCAACAAUUUGACAGGACGUGUUCCAGAUCAACUUUUCAACCUUAGUUCACUCCAAAAUUUGUUUCUUGGUAGUAACAAGUUGACAGGUUCUUUGCCUGCACGGAAGAGCCCAAAUCUACAGAAUAUCGAUUUAUCGUACAAUGAAAUAUCUGGGAACUUCCCUUCUUGGACUGGCGGACGAGGUUUACAACUGAAUCUCAUCAGCAAUAACUUUACCAUAGACAGCUCUAACGGCAGUGCUCUGCCUUCAGGAUUGAAUUGUCUUCAGAAGAAUUUCCCAUGUCAUCGGGGAGAUCCCAUUUACUCUAGCUUUGCUAUUAAGUGUGGUGGUCAAGAAAUAACGUCAUCUAACCAGAUAGUGUAUGAGAGGGAUAAUGAGACUCUUGGUCCGGCAACACAUUACAUGACAAGCACAGGCAGAUGGGCUGUUAGCAAUGUUGGACUCUCCUCUGAUAGCAAUAGUCCAAAAUACACAACCUCCAGUUCAUCACAGUUUACAAAUACUUUGGACUCUGAACUCUUCCAGACAGCAAGACUUUCAGCUGGAUCUCUAAGGUACUAUGGCUUAGGCUUGGAAAACGGUAAUUACACUGUGACCCUCCAGUUUGCAGAGUCAGUGAUCCUGAAUUCUAAUCCUCCUUCUUGGAAGACUCUUGGGAGGCGCAUGUUUAAUAUAUAUAUACAGGGAAACCUAAAGGAGAAAGAUUUUGACAUUAAAAAUUUAGCUGGGGGAUCACUCAGAGGCCUUUCGAGGCAAUAUAAGGUUCAAGUAUCUGAAAAUCAUAUGGACAUCCAUCUAUUUUGGGCCGGGAAAGGAACUUGCUGUGUACCUAGUCAAGGUACUUAUGGGCCUUUGAUUUCAGCGAUUAGUGCAACCCCAGAUUUUGUUCCCACUGUUAGUAACCAACCUCCCUCUGAAAAAAAGAAGAAUAGAACUGGCAUGAUUGUAGGAAUUGUUGUUGGAGUGGGAGUUGUGAGCUUUCUUUCUGUAUUUGCUGUGUACUGUUUUGUUCAGAGAAGAAAAAGGCAGGACACAUAUGACGAUGAAGAGUUCUUGGGAAUGGAUGCCAAGCCAUAUACUUUUAGUUAUGCAGAUUUAAAAGCCGGAACAAGUGACUUUAGUCCUUCUAAUAAGCUUGGAGAGGGAGGAUUUGGUCCAGUAUACAAGGGAACACUUGAUGAUGGGAGAAAUGUUGCUGUUAAGCAACUCUCUGUGGCCUCCCACCAAGGGAAGAGCCAGUUUGUGGCAGAGAUUGCAACUAUUUCUGCUGUCCAGCACCGCAACCUUGUGAAGUUGUAUGGCUGCUGCUAUGAGGGAGACAGACGGUUGCUUGUGUAUGAGUAUCAUGAAAACAAGAGUCUUGAUCAAGCACUAUUUGGAGGUAGUAACUUAUGCCUUGAUUGGCCAAGACGUUUUGAAAUAUGCUUGGGAGUAGCAAGAGGUCUAGCUUAUUUGCACGAGGAAUCUCGACUAAGAAUCGUGCACAGAGAUAUCAAGGCUAGUAAUAUUCUGCUCGACUCAGACCUCAAUCCUAAAAUCUCAGAUUUUGGGUUGGCGAAGCUCUAUGAUGAUAAAAAGACCCAUAUCAGCACCCGUGUUGCAGGCACAAUUGGGUACCUUGCCCCGGAAUAUGCCAUGCGUGGCCACCUUACUGAGAAGGCUGAUGUAUUUAGCUUCGGAGUCGUUGCCUUGGAGAUUGUUAGUGGUCGGCCAAAUUCUGACUCGAGCUUGGAACAAGAUAAGAUAUAUCUUCUUGAAUGGGCUUGGCAUCUCCAUGAGAAUAAUCGCGACGUUGAUGUGGUGGAUGAAAACCUACCAGAUUUCAAUGAGGAUGAAGUGAAACGGGUGAUAGGGGUAUCGCUUUUGUGCACCCAAGCAUCCCCUGGAUUGCGGCCAUCAAUGUCCCGUGUGGUGGCAAUGCUUUCAGGAGACACUGAAGUACCAACCGUAACUUCAAGGCCCAGCUACCUCACUGACUGGAAGUUCGAUGAUAGAACCAGCUUCAUGACUGAUAUUCAUGGUUCCCAAACGGCAGGCGAUAAUUCAUCAGCGGUUACUACAAGUGUGGCAACAACAGAUUUACAUUCUUCACCGCUAGAUGCAUCUGGGCCUAUGCUUCAUGAGAUCAUUGGAGAGGGUAGGUAGGCAGCAGGUGACACGAUCACAGUUUCUGCAAUCGCAUUCCCAGCAACGUAGUUUGUUUUUCAGCUUCAUGGUUCUCUAUCGACUAUCGCUCUCAUGGUACUUAUUGUGCUUCCACAGCUACUAAAACCGUCAUGGCUUUCGGCUCCACUUUCCUCAUGCGCUAGUUUUUGUUACGCAUGUAAAAAUCCAAAAUACCUUAUUAAAUAGUAUGAUAAUGGUAUAUUGAAUAAAUUUUGUAUAUUGAGUUUUUUACAAUAUGAUGAAAUUUUAU